AUGGAAAAGCUGCAUGUGGCAAUUUUGGUGGUAACGGUGUGCUUCAGCGUGUACUGGUUGAUCUGCAAACGAUUCCGGUACUGGACGGAUCGGGGUGUUCCCCAGUCGAAACCGGAGCUAGUGUUUGGAAACGCGCGGGAAAUCAAUCGGACUGUGCAUAUAGCGGAAAAAUUCCAAGAGAUCUACCACGAACUAAAGGGCAAACAUCCGUUCUGUGGAUUGUACAUGUUCUUCAAGCCCGUCGCCCUCAUCACCGACCUGGAGCUGCUGAGGAGCGUGUUUGUGAAAGACUUCCAGUACUUCCACGAUCGGGGUAACUACUACAACGAGAAACAUGAUCCGCUGUCGGCGCAUCUGUUCAACAUCGAGGGCCAGAAGUGGAAGAAUCUGCGCAACAAACUGUCCCCGACGUUCACGUCCGGCAAGAUGAAGAUGAUGUUCCCGACGAUCGUGGCGGCUGGGAAACAGUUUAAAGACUUCUUGGAGGACACCGUGCAUGGGCAGGCCGAGGUCGAGCUGAAGGAUGUGAUGGCCCGGUUCACGACGGAUGUGAUCGGCAUGUGCGCGUUCGGCAUCGAGUGCAACAGUAUGCGCGAUCCGAACGCAGAGUUCCGCGUCAUGGGUCGGAAAAUCUUUGCGCCAAGAGGAAGGGCAAAGAACUUUAUCAUCAACUCAUUCCCAAACGUGGCCAGAAUGAUCGGUGUACGUACGCUGGACCCAGAGGUGUCGGACUUUCUGAUGGGUGCUGUACGCGAUACGAUAGACUAUCGGGUGAAGAAUAAUGUCCAGCGGAACGACUUUAUGGACAUCUUGAUCAAGAUGCGCAGCGAGAAAGAUACGAAAUCGGACGACGGCACCCUCACCUUCAACGAGAUAGCGGCGCAGGCGUUCGUGUUCUUCCUGGCCGGGUUCGAGACAUCUUCCACGCUGCUGACGUUCACGCUUUACGAGUUGGCGUUUGACCAGGAGGUACAAGAAAGGGGAAGGCGAUGUGUCAAUGAAGUGCUGGAAAAGCACAAUGGCGAGCUCACGUAUGAAUCCGUCCUCGAGAUGGACUAUCUGGACCAAAUUCUGAAAGAGGCUCUUCGGAAGUAUCCUCCCGUUCCGCUGCACUUCCGGAUCACCUCCAAGGAGUACCGCGUGCCCGGCACCAAGUCCGUCCUCGAGGCAGGAACGUCGGUUAUGAUUCCUGUGUUUGCUAUCCACCGCGAUCCGGAACACUUCCCCAACCCCGACCGGUUUGAUCCGGAUCGGUUCACACCGGAGGAGGAAGCGAAGCGUCAUCCGUACGCCUGGACACCGUUCGGCGAGGGACCUCGGAUUUGCGUCGGGCUACGCUUCGGGAUGAUGCAAGCUCGCAUUGGGUUGGCCUAUUUGCUGAAGAGUUUCCGAUUUAAACCGUGCUCGAAGACGUUUGUACCGGUAAAGAUUGACGUUGACCAGUUUAUUUUGUCUCCCGCAGGCGGGAUGUGGUUACAGGUGGAGAAGCUCAAGUGA